AUGGCACCACCAAUCCAUGUCAAGCAAAAAGAGCACCGCGAUGAGUCUUCGCGGUUACAGACCAUCAUCGUCGGAGCUGGCCUUGCCGGCCUCGGCGCCGCAAUCAGCUGCUCCCUCGCCGGUCACGAUGUUCACAUCCUCGAAGCGGCCCCCGAAAUCAAGGAAAUCGGCGCUGGCAUCCAAGUCCUUCCCAACUCCUCUCGCAUUCUUCAACACUGGGGUCUCGGCGAGACGCUGAAACCAUACAUGACCUACCCUCGAGUAUGCAAUUUUAUCGGAUGGAAAGGAAACCACAUUUCUGCUCUAGACUUCCACGCGUCGGAGAGUCAAUACCCGGGGACAUGGUAUCGUGAUUUUCAUCGUGCGGAUCUCCACCGGUGUCUAGUAGAGCGGGCGCUCGAAGUCGGCGCCAGGAUGACUUGCAAUACGCGGAUUGAAGACGUGAGAGUGUCGCCCGGAGGCGAAACAGCGACUGCUGUCGCUGCGGACGGGCGAGAAUGGACGGCCGAUUUGGUGAUCGGUGCGGAUGGAGUGUUUGGCAAGUUGACAGAGGCUUUACUGGGACGGGAAGAUCCACCGGUCAAGACGGGGGAUCUUGCAUAUAGACUUCUAUUGUCGACGGAGGAAAUGCUGAAGGAUCCAGAGCUGGAAGGUUUCGUGACAGACCCGCAGGUAAAUUAUUGGCUCGGACCGGAUGCGCAUGCUGUGAACUACGUCCUCCGCGGAGGCGACCUCUUCAACAUGGUUCUUCUCGUACCAGACGAUAUUCCCGAGGAGUCGCUCGCAUCGACAGUUGCAGGGAACGUGGAGGAGAUGUGCGCGUUAUUCGAGGGAUGGGAUCCACGGAUCCAAAAACUCCUCAAGCUGUGCCAAUCCGUCCAUAAAUGGCGACUCUGCAUCCGCUAUGGCGACCAUGACUGGACCCAUCCCUCCGGAGCAUGGGUAAUGCUCGGCGACUCUGUUCACGCUACGCUACCAUAUCUAGCAUCCGGAGCCGGAAUGGCUUUUGAAGACGGCGCCGUCCUCGGUGAAUGUCUUUCCAGACUCCCCAACGCCCCUGGAACAUCCAAGUCCUCACUUGAAUUUCUAUCGGCAAAACGCUACGCACUAUCAGUGUUCGAGAAGUGUCGCAAACAGCGCACAAAGAUGGUCGUCGAGAGAGGAAACACGCAACAGUAUCUCUACCAUCUUCAUGACGGACCGGAGCAGGAAGAACGGGACCGUAAGAUGCAAAUGGUGCCGACGCCGGAAGGCGAGGCUUUGGCGUGGCGAGAUCCGGGUCUGGCGCCGAAGCUGCUGGGAUAUGAUCAUAUUGCUGAUGUCGCUGAGAAGUGGGACGAGACACAUGUAACGGAGACAGUAGACAGAUCUGCACGAUUGUAA